UUUUGGACUUCGGGGUCUGAGGCUCUCAUUAAAUAUUUUAGUGGGCCAAUUUUUUUUGGAUGGUAGUGGAAGGGGAUCUAGCUUGGUUAUGACUUGUUUUGUAUGGAAGAACAUAUGUAAAGAAAUAGUUUUAAUUCCUGUAAAAGAAUCAGGGAAGAUUAAAAGCUCAAUCGAUUAUUGUUCCCUACAGAAGCAGGGAAGAAAUCUCAUGGUUUGAAUUCUUCUUCAAUAAAUGAAGUAUUGUUCACCAGACAUGUAUACAGAACGCCAAAACAAAGUGAUCUGAACAGUGCCCUUAAGGAGUUAUCAAAUAUAGGAGAAAAGAAUGGCUAAUUGAUUACAAUAUUAAAAUUUUUAUAUUGAUAUCUUUGCAAUAAUUAUUGCAUUAAAAUGGUGAUAUGGAAAAGGAAGGGAUGUGUAAAACUUAUAACAACACAUUAAAUAGUAGUAAAAGUAAAUUAAUGUGUUGUGUUUGAAACGGAUGAUUUUUUAUUUUUGAUGAUGGAAAAUACCAUUUUUUAUAUUUGAAAUGGAAACACACAUUUUAUUAAAAUGCAAUAAAAGCAGAUUGUAGAGUAAAACAUAAAAUUGAUGAUAUAUUUCCUUAAUUAUCAGGAUUUAUGAUGCUUAAUAUGUGAUUGCAUUCAUUCUUAUGGAUUCUUUUUUCAUAUAUAAGAGGAUGUUCAAGAAAGAAAUUAUUAAACCAAAAAAAAGAUGAUGCCCCAAAUUUUGAUGCUAAUUUUCGUUCUUAUACAAAUAGAUGCAUCAGUUUCAGAAAUUAAUAGCGAAAACUUUCUUGAUUGCCUUCCCCAGCAUUCUAAUACCUCAAAUUUGAUCACUGAUGUCAUCUACACUCCACAAAAUGCUUCAUUUUCAUCCAUUUUGAAUGCAAAUGUUAGAAAUUUACGGUUCAACAUGUCAUCUACCCCAAAACCCCUAGCUAUUGUCACAGCCCUAGAAAAGUCUCAUGUCCAAGCAACUAUUUUGUGUGCUAAGGCUCAUGGUCUAGAAAUGAGGAUCCGAAGUGGUGGCCAUGAUUACGAGGGUCUCUCCUAUGUAUCCCCAAACCCAUUUAUAAUACUCGACCUUUUCAACCUUCGAUCAAUCAAUAUUGAUCUAGGAACCGACACUGCAUGGGUCCAAUCUGGGGCAACACUUGGUGAGCUUUACUAUAGCAUAGCGAAUGUAAGCAAUACACGUGCCUUCCCUGGAGGCGUGUGUCCGUCUGUUGGGGUAGGAGGUCAUUUUACCGGAGGUGGUUAUGGUAAUAUGCUUAGGAAAUUCGGGUUGACAGUUGAUAACAUCAUUGAUGCUGAAAUUGUGGAUGUUAAUGGUGUGAUUCUUAACCGGGAAACUAUGGGAGAAGACCUAUUUUGGGCUAUUAGAGGUGGUGGUGCUGCUAGUUUUUGUGUUGUUUUAGCAUGGAAGAUUAGUUUAGUCCAAGUUCCUGAAACAGUAACCACCUUUCUUGUAAAUAAGACCUUAGAUGGUGGGGGGAACGCCAUUUUCGAUCAAUGGCAACAUAUUGCAUACAAUUUAGACCCUAACUUGUUCUUAAGAAUAGAAGCUCAUGUCGCCAAAUGAAACCGAAAAGGGUAAAAAAAAAUGGUGCAACUUCAGUUCAUAGGAAUGUACCUAGGACAGUCCAACACCCUUAUUGAGCUGCUAAAAGAACAUCUUCCUCUGUUAGGGUUGAAGAAAGAUGAAUGUAAUGAACAGAGUUGGGUUGAAUCAACUGUGUUUUUCUAUGGUUUACCAAUAAAUACUUCCCUCGAGAUUUUGCUUGAUCGUUAUCCACCUCUCGGUUUGUCAUUUGAUAAACACAAGUCAGAUUAUGUAAAAGAGCCGAUCCCUAAUACGGGAUUAGAUAUAUUAUGGAAGAAGAUGCUUGAAGUAGAGAAUGUAACCAUGCAAUUUAAUCCAUAUGGUGGAAAAAUGAGUGAAAUUCCUGAGACUGCAACACCCUUCCCUCACAGGAAAGGGAACCUUUUCAAGAUUCAAUACCUUUCUUAUUGGAAAGAAAACUCGAGGGAGCUUACACAACGAAGUAUUGAACAAACGAAAGAGGUUUACGAGUUGAUGACUCCUUAUGUAUCUAAGAGUCCGAGGGAAGCCUUUCUGAAUUACAGGGAUAUUGAUAUUGGAACCAAUGCAAAUAAUAGCUUAGCUUUUGCUGUAAACUUUUUCAAAGGGAACGUCGAUCGGUUGUUGAUGGUGAAGGCUAAGGUUGAUCCCAGCAAUUUCUUUAGGAAUGAGCAAAGUAUUCCUGUUUUGGUUAGAAACUAACAUACUGGUUAUAAGCUUUAAAAUCUAUUUGUGCCACAUUUUAUGUUUGUAUUUCAUGGUUAGUUCACCAUUUAGAGAGGGUGAUUCCUACUUUUGGCCCCCUGUGAAAUAAUAUACGAAUAAUGUCUUGUUUUAUACCCCAGUUCUUGAAAAAGCUCUGUAAAAUAACUCUUUAUCAGAGUAGGUUAGAUCAGAAUAUGUGGUUUAUGUACCUGGCAAUGUGCAUCCUGUUUUUAAACGAACGUAUUGUUCAAAUCCAAAGAGCAUAUAUUUUAAAAACGUAUUGUUCUUUCACUUUACAUUCUUGGUCAUUACAUCUGAAAAAAUUGUCGGGAUCAACUUUAGCCUUGGUCAUUAACAUUUAACAACCUUGGCAAAUUCCCCUUGAAGUACAUAGAGCCAAAUGUGGUGUUCCCAUCCUUAUUUGUACCAAUAUCAAUGUCCCUAUUGUUCAAAAAAUGUUCCCUUGGAUUCUUGGAAACAUAAGGAGCUAACGUAUCGUAAAGUUCUCUAGACGCGUUUAGGUAACGAUUAGCAAUUUCCUCCCCGUCUUCAUACCAUAUUGCAUUGUACUGAAUUUUGAAUAAAUAUCCCGAUCUAUGAGGGAAGAGAGUUGCAAAUUCAGGGAUUUUGCUCAUUUCUCCACCAUAAGGAUUAAAUUGCAUGAACAUGACUUCUAACUCGAUCAUCUUCUUCCAUAUUGCUUCUAACCCUUCCUUUGGGAUCAAUUUUUGAACAUAAUCUGAUCUGAACUUUGAGUGAUAUUGUUCAAUUGGUGUCCUUUUGAGUAGGUCUUCAGUUGUGGCGCCUUUAGGGAAACUGUACCAAUAUAGGGUUGUUUCAAUCCAAGGCAUUUCAAUGCAAUCUUGUAAAUGCAAACCUAAUAAAGGAAACGAUUUUCCAACGAUUCGUUAGCCCUUCCGAGGUAAAGGGCAAUGAAAGUGACCUUUACCGUCUUAUUUCCCUCUCGACUCCCAUUUACAACGCGAGGAAUUGCCCUAAUGAAGAGUUUAGGAUCAAUUUUAACCCUUUGCCAUUGAUCAAAAAUAUUUGUUGCCUCUUCGUCUAGAGUUCUUCCAACGUUAAAGACCGUGACAAUUUCCGGAACUUGUACUAGUUUGAGUUUCCAUGAAAGCACAACACAAAAACUCGAGGCUCCACCGCCUCUGAUGGCCCAGAAAAGGUCCUCCCCCAUCGAUUUCCUAUCAAGUAUAUCUCCAUUAGCAUCCACAACUUUAGCAUCCAUUACAUUAUCACUAGAAAGUCCGUAUUUCGUAUCAAAUUACCAUAACCACCUCCACUAAUGUGCCCACCUAACCCAAGUGUUGUGCAAAUCCCAUCCGGGAAACGCGAGUGUGUUGCUCAAGUUUGCGAUUUUAUAGUAAAGCUCACCUGACUGUUGCCUUAGCUUCGGCCCAUGCUGUCUCAUUUGCAACGUCGAUAUCAAUGGAUCGAAGAUUGAACAUGUCUAACACGAUAAAAGAUUUAGGCGACGUGUAUGACAAACCUUCAUAAUCGUGACCCCCACUUCGUAUCCUAACAUUUAAGCCAUGAGCCUUGGCACAAAUAAUAGGGCUUGGACAUGAAAUUCAUCUAAGGGUGUCACAAUGGCUAAAGGUGACACGUGAAAUUCAUCUAAGAUUUGUUAAAUCUUUCGUUUCGAAUGUAAGAUCGAAGAACAUAAGACAAGGUUGCAUUAUGCAAAGUAUAUAUUAUGUAGUUGUUUCGCAUAUAUUUAGCCAACGAGUUAGCCGAAUUGUUUUUCACCCCUUAACAAACAAAACUAAUGGAAAAUUUCUUCCCCUUAGUUUUGUACCCAUCUUGACAAAUCUUAAUGAAAAAGCCUUGUUUUUGGCAGCCAAACUUCAACAGUAAUUACAGCACCUUUAGAACUGCUAAACAACAAACACAGAUUUGGGUCAAACCCAACAAAUACCCAUAAUCAAGCAUUCAACCAUCAUUAUCAAAAACCACCCAUCUAAUUUGCAAACAUGUCAACAACUAAACAAACAUUAUAUUAGCUGUUAGUUUGUUACAAUUCUCACCAAAUAUUAUAAUCUUAUUAUUCAUGUUACAUAUAUAUACACACUUUUCAUGCAAUUAACUCUUCUAAACCUAAAAUCAUCAAAAACUUGAAAAAAUGACAAAUCUCCUAAAAGAGGGUAACUUAGCCAUGGUGGAGAAGCAGGGCACAUGCUUCAUACAUGUAAAUGUUUUUCAGACACUGCAUUUUUAUGUUGGUGUCUUGAGAAUUACUUCCUCGGUCCGGAAUUAAGUAUACGAUAAGUAAAUCCGGAUAAAGGUAGUAUAUACUAUAUAUGUAGGCUUGUGUCCUGCCUCACCAUCUUGGUAACUUGCCCUG